AUGUCAGUUGAACACGCUACUACAAUUCCAUCGCCUACAGAUGUUGGUGCUUUAGCCAACAGAAUUAAUUUCCAAACCCGUGAUAUGCACAAUAAGAUCAAUGCUUAUAUGAGUAUGAAGAUGGCCUUUGCCAUGAGACACGGGUUCAUAUACAGACAAGGUAUCGUUGCCUACUAUUACGUAUUCCAUGCCAUUGAACAAGAAAUCGACCGUUUGCUGGAACAUCCAGUAACGGUACAGGACGAAAAGGUGAAAGGGAUCUUGCAGCAGUUCUGGUGCGAGGAGUUCCGUCGUUCUGAUAAGCUAGUGUUGGAUUUGCAAGUCUUGUACAACGAUGAGUAUCCAGGCAGCGAGCAGUUGCAAGAGUUCUUGGAUGGGUUCCAGUUACCUGCCAAGUUGCAAGAGUUUGUCGAUGAGAUCCAUUCCAACGUACAGAAGGAGCCUCAUACGAUUCUUGCGUACUGCCAUGUGCUAUAUUUGGCACUUUUCGCUGGUGGUAGGGUCAUGAAGUCGAAUUUGUACCGUCACAUUGGUCUUUUCCCCAAAUUCGGACAUUUGUCACCUAAGGAAUUGGUGAGAAGAGCGACAAAUUUCUUCACUUUCAGUGAAGAAGGUGUGGAUGACGAGAACAGACUACGUUGGCAAUACAAGAAGGGGUACGAGCUUGCUACGAGGACUGAAUUGACCGAGGCUGAGAAGCUACGUAUUAUCGAGGUGUCGCAGACGAUUUUCCAAAGGAACAUGGAAGUCGUUGCUGAAAUUGGUGAAAUUAACAGAGCUGAGUUGAUGGGUAAGUUCUCAUACAAGCUGAUCUCGUUCCUGUCAGAGGAAUGGAAGUACUCUGAAAAGUUGACACCAGAGGUGAAAAAACUCAUCGUUUUUGCAUUGAUCGUCUUCAAUAUGGUAUUCGUGUAUACCAUUCUUCGUCGUCUAAUUUGA